AUGACGUCUUUAACAACCGUGGCCAGCCUGGAGUCCGUCCAGCUCCUCUCGGAGGCUUCUUAUGGCUGUGAACAUCUCGCCGCGGUGUUGGGCGGUUCAAAUGCGGACCAAUUCAAGCGGAGCUUUUGUUCCCAAUACGAGUCUUUGGCCCCAUACACCAAGCCAGAGGCCGUGGCCGUCCAAACAACGGGACUCCGGACUGUCUCCUCUCUGAAACCGAAAUAUCACUGUUUGACCUGUUCUGAAAUCUGCCUGAGUACAGAGAGACGGGCGCAUACCAAAUCAACCGGUCAUGUUUUCUAUUUGGAAUCUCGUAAUCGAUAUGUCUUCUGCGAGUCAUGUGCCGACUUUGUCUACGACCAUGGCCUAGAAAGACUCGCUGGUCCAAUGGCCAAAUAUGAGGCAGAUUAUGGCAAAGCAAAAUGGGUACCGGAUGCAGCGUCCGAUGCUUAUGUGAAGAACAACGCCAACAAGAAUCCUUGCUCCCGUCGGGGUGCUCGUGGCGUGUGGAAUAUGGGCCAGACUUGUUACCAAGCCGUCAUUCUCCAAGCCUUACUCCAUGACCCAUCCUUGAAUGCUUACUUCCUCGCGGGGGGCCAUGAUAUCCAUACCUGUGAGCGUAGCUUUUGUAUGGCCUGCGCUGCCGCUGAGGUUUUCAUGGACUUCAACAGCGGAGAAAAGACAGAGGCAGUUUCUGCCGCUACCCUUCUCUACCAUGGCUGGGACGCAUCCCGGGAAAUGGCUGGCCACCGCCAACAGGAUGCUCAUGAAUAUUUUCAAUUUCUCGUGAAUGCGCUCCACGCUUCCACGCCAGGACACAGUGAGAGCUACGAGGAAAAAUGCCAGUGCUUUUUCCACAAAACCUUCUAUGGUGAGUUGCGCAGUAGUGUCAUGUGUCACAAAUGCGGGAAAACCACACAUACAUACGAUCCUAUGGCGGAUCUCAGUCUCGAUGUUCAGUUGCAGAAUAAGAAACGGAAGCUGGGUGCUCGAUCUGCGACUUCCCUGUCCAAUGCAACGUUGGUCGGCUGCCUUGAAAGCUUCACUGCUGUCGAGGACUUGCACGCCGACGCCGCUUAUCACUGUGAGAAAUGUGGCAAUACCCCUCAGAGAGCGUCCAAGCGACUGCAAAUCCACCGACUUCCUGCCAUUCUUUGCAUGCAACUCAAGCGCUAUGAACACAACUCGACUUCUUCAGAGAAGGUGAACGGCCACAUCGACUUUCCUUUGACCCUCAAUAUGCUCCCAUAUACUGUCAAGAAAGACAAAGAGCGGGUAGACACAUCUCGCUAUAUCUACGAUCUUUCCACCGUCGUGGUCCACCAAGGAACCAUGGACUCCGGUCACUACUUCGCCUACACCCGUGUAGCCGGCGACAAGUGGGUCCUCAUGGAUGACAACAAAGUUACCGUUGCGAGUGUCGCCGAUGUCCUACGCCAAGAUGCUUACUUGCUGUUCUACGGGAUUCGUUCGAUUGAAAGAGAGAAGAGCUCGUGA